CCUCCCCGCAUGUGUUGCAGCAGAGCACAACAUGCUGGAGUAACUCAGCGGGUCAGGCAGCAUGUGCGGGAGGGAAUGAACGGACAGACCAGCCACCCUUCCCCAGUGCCUGCAGCAUUUUGUGCUUUGCUCAGGGUGCCAGCAUCUGCAGUUCCCCGUGUCUCUACCCGUUGAAGCAUUAUAUUUGUCAAAGUCAGGCAGUCAACUACGGUUGGGGUCUUGCUGCAACCGCGGUCGCAUUGACCUUUGCUUGCACCAAGUUGUUCACUGUUGCUGCACCGGUCCGUGUCACAGUUCCGUCUGCUUUAAAAAACCAUCACAAAUAUGUCAAUUCCAGCAAACACUGCGGCUUAUGAUAUAGUGGUUGUAGGAUCCUGCAUGACUGACUUGGUCAGGUUAGUGCAUGUGUAUAUGUACAAUAACAUAGAGGCAUCUCUUAUGUGUUUUAUCAUUGCAUGUAUUGGAGCAACUGGGUCAGUUUCACACCGCGUUUACCUAAAGCUGGAGAAACCAUACACGGGCACAAAUUUUUCAUUGGAUUUGGAGGGAAAGGAGCCAACCAAUGUAUCCAGGCAGCACGGCUUGGAGCCAAAUCCGCAAUGGUUUGCAAGGUUGGGAAGGAUUCAUUUGGAGAAAAUUACAUCCAAAACUUCAAAAGUAAUGGCGUAUCUACAGAAUACGUGGGCCAAACAAGUGAAGCAUCGACAGGAGUUGCUCCCAUUACAGUGAACGAUGACGGACAGAAUGCAAUUGUUAUAGUGGCUGGGGCUAACCUGCUCUUGAAUUGUGAAGAUUUGGUCCGAGCUACGAACACGAUCCGUUCUGCAAAGGUGGUUGUCUGCCAACUGGAAAUUCAACCUGUCAUCUCAUUGGAAGCCUUAAAAAUAGCACAUGGGGCUGGUGUGAAGACCAUCUUCAACCCUGCUCCGGCUACUGCUGAUCUUGAUCCCGAUUUCUACAAAAACACAGAUGUCUUCUGCUGCAAUGAGACCGAGGCGGAGAUCUUAACUGGUGUUGAAGUGGCCAACGUUGAAGAUGCUAAGAAGGCAGGCUCCAGACUGCUGGAGAAGGGUUGCACCUCAGUGAUUGUCACUCUGGGGGCAGAGGGCACUCUGCUGAUGACACAGGGCCAGCGAGCUCCCCUGCACAUUCCCACCAAGAACGUGAAGGCAGUGGACACAACGGGUGCGGGAGACAGCUUUGUGGGUGCCCUGGCGUUCUACAUGGCUAACUAUUCUUGCCUGGACUUGGAGGAGAUGAUCAGAAGAGCGUGCGCCAUUGCCACCAUCAGCACUCAGGCACAAGGGACACAAGCCAGCUACCCCAGCAGACCACAGCUCCCACCAGAACUAUUUUAGGCCAAGCUGCCCGCUUCAUGACGAGACGAAGAAUCGAGACACUCAACACGGAUAUAUCCAAAGGUCUUUAUGGUACAUUGUUAAGGAUAACUAACAACUUGUAAAUAAAAGUGUUCAUCAGA